GCUUGUACAAAGGGUUACAACAGAAAUGGCGUCGCAGUAAGGCGUAAGUUACAGAGAGAUGGCACUUGGUGAAUUCGGGAGUGACCUGGCGAACCAUUAUGAAGAGCACGAAUGGAAUUUGGCGCUUGCCUUUUUCUACUCUCUCACUGUUUUAACAACUAUAGGUUACGGCAACAUCGCACCAAGAACAAUCCUCGGUAAAGGCGUGACGAUCGUGUAUGCUUUGAUAGGCAUACCUCUAACCCUCGUCUACCUAUCGAGCGUCGGAUCUCUCCUCUCCAAAAUGGCACGAAGCGUCUUCAGCAGAGCCCUCUGCUGCUGCCUUUGUUCAAAUUGCGGCUACUGCUGCUACGACGAAAGAAGAAUGGCCGAAAAAGAACGCAGAAUGAAGCUCAAAAGACAACAAGAAGAAAUGCUAAACAGCCAGAACACAAGCAAAACUCCCACAGAAGAAUGCUACGUACUAAAACCGGAUAGCACAAAAGACCUGUCUCUUUCCGAAAGACCAACCACAAGUACAGCCAAAGAUGACAUCAUAAGAUGGCCAGAUACAGACUCAAAACUAUCCAUGCACGGCUUGAGCAUUCUAGCCCCUGUUCUCUUAUGUUUAGCAGCUAUAUUUAUAUACAUAGUUAUCGGAGCAGUAGUUCUAUUCAAAAUAGAUAAUCUGGGUAUUAUAGAUGGUUUUUAUUUCUGUUUUAUGGCGUUAAGCACCAUUGGUUUCGGUAAUAUUGUUCCUGGUAUGACAUAUACUACAAUAAAAGGUGUUAGGUACUACACCAUCAAAUCUACCACUCUGUGGUUCUGUUCUGCGUAUACGCUAACGGGAUUGGCGUUAACAGCAAUGUGUUUCGGCGUGAUCCACGACGAAAUUAUCUAUAGGAUAAAGCAUCAGCAGAAGCAGUGGUCACAGAAGGGAAACACAGUCAAUGAUGGAGUUAAUAUAAACGAUCCAUUUUACAUGAACUCCUGACAAAUGUAUAGUAAGAGUAAGUCAGAGAAUCUGUACAGCAUUAUGGAAGAUAGUUCUUUAGAGCGUAACAGAAUCGAAAUUGACAAUAGAGAAGUAGUUCUUAGUGUAGAUGAUAUAUCGACGGCCGUGGACCCAAAUGCAGAGUUCCCACCGCCGCCUCCAGAAGAAGAAAUCGUUGCAAUUGUGACGAAAAAAGAACCUAAAGGUUUUGGUAAUAUGGUCGCUUAAAAUGCGUUACCAGAAAUGCUGGAACAUGUUAACACAUAAUCUAAAAAGACUUGAGAAUUUUUGAUUGAUUAUUUUUUCUAAUUUUUUUUUCUGAUUGUGAGAUUCUUAGUUAUACAAUAUUGAGAUAUCACGCGAAGUUUUGUCGAAUUUACUUUUUUCCAAUGUGAUUGUAAUUAUGUAUAUAUUCUUGUAAAUAUUGUAAUUAAUCUAGUGUUAGAAACUGAUGUCUGACAUCUUUUAUCAGAUCUAUU